AUGUGCCAUCAGAUGCGCUCUCUUUCAGUAGACUGUACAACAAUUUCUGGUUGGCUGUUCAUGAUCUCUGUUGGAUUCAACGCUGCCGCAAGGGAUGUCCUUAGCUAUGCCUUCACAGAGGGUGAACAGGUUGCUGCUGCAGUUUCAGAUCUUUGCCCACUGCUCGCUCUUGCUAUUGUCCUCAAUGGCAUUCAGCCCGUCUUAUCUGGGGUGGCUGUUGGAUGUGGAUGGCAAGCUUUCGUAGCUUAUGUAAAUGUGGGUUGUUAUUAUGGAGUUGGCUUACCAUUGGGUUCGGUUCUAGGCUUUUAUUUCCAAUUUGGUGCCAAGGGAAUAUGGCUGGGAAUGCUAGGUGGCACCACUAUGCAAACAAUGAUUCUAUUAUGGGUCACAUUUAGAACGGACUGGAAUAAGGAGGUAGAGGAAGCAGUGAAGAGGUUGAGCAAAUGGGAGGACAAGAAGGAGCCAAUACUAAACUGA